AUAGCCAAAUGUUUGGUCUGGAUUGCACCCUUUCCUGGAAAUUACCCUCACGCCCUUAUCAAAUUGACAUGUGCUUUCACUAGUCUUUAGCUUACUAUUGCCAGUUAUAAAUUAACCCACCUCAAGUAAAUGAGAAGAGAAGUAUAGAGAUGAAAGGAGUGGGAGGAAGAUUUUUUGCAAAACUGAAAUCCAUUUCCACCAAUGUAAAACAAGGUCUAGUUUUACCAACAGUCAUAAGUGAUAUCAAGAAUGAAGAAAAUGGUAGAGCUCCCAUGAUCAGCUUGGAAGAGAUCAUAGAGAAGAAUGUAUCAGAUUCGGUAGAAUUUGAGGAGAAGUGUCCUCCAGGAGGAAGUGAUGCUGUCAUACUCUACACAACAAGUUUGAGAGGUAUACGUAAGACUUUUGAAGAUUGUAACACUAUCAGGUUUCUUUUAGGAAGUUUUAGGGUUUCGUAUGAUGAGAGAGAUGUUUCCAUGCAUAUGGAAUUCAGGGAGGAGCUGUGGCGGACAUUGGGCGGAAGGGUGAUCCCUCCGAGGUUGUUUAUCAAAGGAAGACAUAUUGGAGGAGUGGAAGAGGUGGUCGGACUCCAUGAGCAAGGAAAGCUUAUAGAUCUCUUAAAUGGGAUACCCAGAAGCCCUACCACUGCCCCCUGCAAAGGCUGCGGUGGGAUUCGUUUUAGGAUUUGUUUUUCAUGCAAUGGUAGUCGGAAGGUGGUGUCUGAAGAGACCGAUGAUGAUCAUAGUGAUCAUAGUGAUACUCCUUUGCCAAUUAGUUGUGUAGAGUGCAAUGAGAACGGAUUAACGAAAUGCCAAGUUUGCUUUUGAUGCAGGAGUACUUGGGAUCAAAUGUAUUAUGUAUAUGUCGUUUGACUGAACAAAUGAUUGUUGCAUAUCGAUCUUUGUACGAAGAGUAGAUGCUGAUAGACGAUUAUCGAUGGCAUGCAUGUUCAGGUCAAUGAGUAAUCACCAUGGUUACGUAGACAUUUUUACUAAAGAUUUUAUGUUGUUAUUAUUUAUUUGUUCAUCUAACUUACUGGUCACCGUCAUGACUUCAUCAUUGUUUGUCUAGUUAUAUUCCAUCAUUGUCUCCACCACUAUCGUCGCCACUUUAUGGACGUCUUAAUUAACCACCAUUCAACUACUACAAAAAUUAAAACGAAUCACCCAUUCCCACCACCAUUCAUCCACAAAGUAUGUACACGCAUAUAAAAGUAAAUAAAAAACUAAAAUAGAAUACCAAAAUUCAUAAAAUUAAAAAAAAAAAAAA